AUGUUCAUAUUCGCCGAAUGUCCACCCGAGGAUGUUUUGGACCGAGAGAAGAAGACCCACUGUCAGUGUCAUGAAGGCUGGAGAGAGAAUGAGAAUAAAUGUUACUUCUUCUCGACUGAUACGAAGUCGUGGCUGGAGGCUCAGUCCUUCUGUUUGAGCCAGAGAAGCAACCUGAUGAGUAUUCAGGACAUCCAUGAGAGGCUGUGGAUAAGGACUCAAAUCGACGCAGAGAUCUACUGGUUCGGUCUGAAUGAUCGGAUUGCAGAAAAUGUUUGGGAGUGGGCGGAUGGGGAUACUUAUAAUGAACACUUAUCAUUCUGGGCACCGGGUCAGCCUGAUAACUGGGGUGCUGAACCAGGCGAGGACUGCGGCCAGGUGUUAGGAGGCAGCUAUGGACAGUGGAAUGACGAGAACUGCAACGUCAAGAGGAAAUACAUCUGCAAGCACGUGAACUCGAACCCUGUCCCUCGGUGUGACUUAAACAACGGCUGGAGACAAUACGGCUCCAACUGCUACAAGCUGAAUGCAGACACCAGGAAGAGUUGGUCGGAUGCGAGACACGACUGUGUGCAGAACGGAGGAGACCUGGUGUCCAUCACUUCAGCAGCAGAGGAGCAGUACAUCACAGGAGAACUGGACCCGUCGCGCUUUGACCUCUGGAUUGGAUUGUCCACUCUAAAAUGCAACAAGAUUGGAUGUCAAGUUGAAGCCGGAAACACUCAGUGGGCCUGGUCUGAUGCUACAGCAGUGGGUUUUUUAAACUGGGGUACAGAUGAACCUACGCUGGACGCUCAGGUCGGCUCGUGUUCUGCAAUCAUCAAAGAUGCAUCAGAUGAAUUUGGGAAAUGGAGAUCACACGUGUGCAGAUAUGAGCGUCCUUACAUGUGUAAACGACCACUGAACACCAUCUGCCCCUCCGGCUGGCUGAGCUUCUCAGGCAGCUGUUACUGGAUGGUCAGUAACAUCAAUCUGUUGACCACCUGGCACGAUGCUUUCACCAAGUGCUCAGAUCAGGGGGCCCACCUGCUCAUAAUAAACAGUCAGGAGGAACAGUUCUUCAUUAAUGGGAAACUUCCAGACUUCCACCAAGUAGACAUCCCCGACAUCUGGCUUGGUUUAUCAGAUAAAGAUCAAGACGGGGAUUUCAGAUGGGUUGAUAAAACUCAGAUUACUUUUUCCAACUAUGGUCCUGGUUGGCCCCAAAACACUGCAAACGUCUGGGACUGUGGACAAAUCUUCACAGAUUCCCACUGUGACUCUGGAUAUUUGUUGUACGGGGACUUCUGCUAUCAGUUUGAGACUGAGGUUGUGAAAAGCUGGCAGGAUGCAGAGGCUCACUGUGCAGGCGAGCAGGCUCACCUGGUCAGUGUUCACUCUGAGGAGGAACUGAGCUUCAUUGUUGCUCACAUGCCGGCACAGGCCUGGAUCGGUUUGAAUGAUAUCAAUAUUGAAGGCCAGUUUGUGUACUCCGAUGGAACUCCUGCAGACUUCCUCCUAUGGGGGCCCAACCAGCCAGACAACUGGCAGAACAACGAGGACUGUGUGCACAUCAGAGGGGCGGAUCACUCUGAAGCUGGAAAAUUCAACGACGAUUUCUGCACCUCCACAAAAGAAUUUGUCUGCAAAAAAGCCAAGGGACAAGGACCUCCUCCUCAGCCACCAACAUCUGGACCAGGCUGGAAUGUUAAAUGUGGUUCGUGGAUGGCCGACCCUUUCAACGACUACUGCUACCUGUUUAACUACCUGUCCAUGAGGACUUGGGCGGAGGCUCGAGCCGACUGUCUCAACCAGGGAGGAGACCUCGUCAGUAUCACAGAUCCCUUUGAACAGGCCUUCAUACAAGGCGUGAUCCAGCUGAGUCCUACAGGGAUCUCUUUGUGGAUGGGCGGUCAUGACUCGGUCACUGAAGGCGGCUGGGAGUGGGUUGAUGGUUCUCCUUUCAGAUACAUCCGUUGGAGUGCAGGUAAUCCAGACAACUAUUACGGUGAGGACUGCCUCUCAGUACUCAUUAACAGCGGCUACUGGAAUGACGACAACUGUGAGAACAAGAGAGGAUACAUCUGCAAGCGGAAAGGAGACACACCGGAGCCUCCUCCGCCUCAUGAUGGUUAUAUGACGGCUCUAAUCUGUGAGGGCUCCUCCGCUGUGCUUCACUGUCCACAAGAAAGUGUUAUCAACAUCCAGUCGGCCUUCUACGGGCGAAAGAGCGAUGACAUCUGUCCACAUCUGGAUGGAUCGACAGGAAGCUGUACCGUGGAUGGUGUCCUUCCUCACUUUAGAAAGUCAUGUGACAACAAACCCUUCUGCUUCGUGUACGCCCCUGAAGUCGUCGACCCUUGUCCAGAUGUUUCCAAAUACAUCGAGAUUGUCUACACCUGUGAACAAAAAGUGUGUCUGCACGGCCUGGGCGUCGAGGACAGAAACAUCUCAGACUCCCAGCUCUCUGCCUCCUCCUCCAUCGGUGGAUUCACUCCCAGCCAAGCCCGUCUGAAUGGAAAUUCCUGCUGGAGACCCUCAGGGAGCGCAACUUCAAGCUGGAUCCAGGUAAACCUGGGCCAGACCAGAAAAAUAACAGGAAUAGUGAUCCAGGGUUGUCCUCAAUAUGACUACUGGGUCACCAAAUUUAAGAUCCAGCACAGUAUGGACGGCACAACCUGGACUGACCACACUCCUGACGGACCGUUUUUCCCGGGCGCAACAGACAGAAAUACUCCUGAGACUCAGCUGCUGGGUUCACCUAUGUCAGCUCAAUAUGUGCGCAUCCUCCCACUGGAGUUCAGCGGUCAGGCAGGCCUUCGCUUUGACGUCUUAGGAUGCACACCGGACUAUGCAAUCUCAUGCGCCAGUUGGCCAAACUUCAACUUUGGCAAUGACAAAAUGACAGUCCACUGUCCAGCCCGCUGUGCCAAUUCUUAUUACAGGCUGUAUGGCACUUCAACAUAUCGUGGGGACUCAAACAUCUGUGCUGCAGCCAUCCACGCUGGAGUGAUGUUAAAUGAAGUCGGAGGAGAUUGCACUCUGUUGAAGCAGGAAGGACAGGACUUCUACCCCGGCUCCACCAGGAACGGCAUCACUUCCUUACAAUAUGAUGGAAACUAUGCUGUGUCCUACACGUUUGCUGAUGGAGAGCUGAGGUGUUCAGGGCCCGACUGGUACGAGUUUGGAGAGUUCUGCUACAAACCUUUUGAAGACAAGAAGACAUGGAGCGACGCCCAGAGCACCUGCAGGGGCAUGGGUGCUGAACUCGUAUCUAUCCGCUCGAUGACGGAGCAGAGCUGGUUGGAAAGCUACUUGUACUUGGCCACCAGUGACGUAUGGACCGGUCUGAAUGACCUAGUUGUACCUGGAAUGUUCACCUGGUCAGACGAACACAUGGUGACCUUCACCUACUGGGCUCCAGGAGAACCAAACAACCACGACGGGUUCAGUGAAGACUGUGUGGAGAUGUUGUAUCAGUCUGGUCGAUGGAACGACGUAUCGUGCUCAGAACUCAACACCUACAUCUGCAAAAUGCCCAAAGCUCAUUACCCAGUGCCCUCUGUGAAGCCGACUGUAUACGGAUGCCCUCAGGGCUGGGACGCCUACGGCUACGCCUGCUACUGGAUGGAGGAGACUGGCAGGAGCUGGUCUGACGCUAAGGACUUCUGUAAAGCGCAGGACGGCUUCCUGCUGCACAUCGGAGACAUAUACGAGCAGGCACAUUUUACAGUGGCACUGGCGGGGAAGACCGGUAUGUGGUGGAUCGGCCUGCGUGCUGGAGGACAAGGUGAAGGGGUGGACUACAAAUGGGACAAUGGCUUACCUCUGACCUUCACUCACUGGGACAGAGAGCAGCCAGAUGACGGGGAUGGCACAUGUGUGGCCAUGACAACCGGUGCUGUUGGAGGUUUCUGGGAUGACAAGCAGUGCUUAGAGAAAUACUCCUUCAUCUGCGAGAAACCCAGACCCGACAUCACUCCACCCACGAAGCCCCCGACUCCCCCUCCUGCAGAGGGCUGUGCUGACAGCUGGACGGCUCUGCCUGCGUUCAGACACUGUUACAGGCUCUUCCAUGAUGUGAAAUGGUCUCAAAAGAAAAGCUGGGGAGCAGCCAAUGAGGACUGCGUCUCCAGAGGAGCUAUCCUGGUCAGCAUCCACAGUCAGGCGGAGGAAGAGUUUUUAUCUAUAUACAGUAAAGGCACCAGCAAGUGGAUCGGCCUCAAACACAACCCCACAGAAGGAGGCUAUUCCUGGAGCGAUGGCACUGCGCUGUCCCACACAAACUGGGGUCCUGGGGAGCCGAACAACCACGAGGGACGAGAAGAGUGUGUGGAGAUGGUGAGCACCACCAACGGUACCUUCUCCUGGUGGAACGAUCUCAACUGUGACGCUCACCAAGACUGGAUCUGCAUGAUCGCGAAAGGAAAGAAACCUAUCCUGCCCCCAAUUCCCCCACCUCCUGUCCCAGCUCCUGAUUGCGGUUCAAAUCCCGGCUGGAGAAAGAACGAGAACAUCUGCUACUACUACAACGACACUGACGUGGUGGACUUCCACACGGCCAUGAGACGCUGCUACGCUGAGAAGGCCUCACUCGUCUCCAUCCACAGCAAAGAGGAACAGGCGUACGUUAACAGCAUGGUGGGAACAGGCGAGGUUUCUGCAUCGUGGAUUGGGAUGAGGAUGUUUGGCACUGCAGGUGGACAAUACAUGUGGGUGGACUUCUCCCCUUUGACAUACACUCACUGGGGUCCGGGUGAGCCCAACAACGCGAAUGGGGAGGAACAGUGUGUGCAGAUGAACAGACAUCAGGGUGGAUGGAACGAUGCCAACUGUGGUCGGGCUGGAGCAGGUUACGUUUGUAAGAAGUACCCCGGAGACAUCCACACCCCUCCUCCCCCCACACAGCCAUGGGAGGGCAACUGCCCCGCAGGUUGGAUUCGUUUCAACAACAAGUGCUUCAUGUUCAAAGGGAAGAAAGGCGAAAUCAAAGCCAACUGGUCUUAUGCUCGGAGUUGGUGCAAAGACCAAGGAGGAGACCUGGCCGUUAUUGAUAACCAGUACGAGAACGAUUUUGUGUCCAGUUACCUGAGAGACCUGGAGCUCCCUACGUGGAUCGGCAUGUCAGAUCUGUUGGUAGAGAAUCAGUAUGCGUGGAGUGACGGGGUCAGCCCUGUGCUCUACACAAACUGGAAUGACAAGGAGCCAAACAACGCAGGAGGAGCAGAGCACUGCGUGGCGUUGGCUCACAACCACCUGGUGAGCGGCAAGUGGAACGAUGACGCCUGCCAUAAGGAUCACAGCUUCGUCUGCUCCAGGAAGAAAUCCAGCAGCAUCGACCCUCCACCCCCAACCAAGAACCCGUGCCCGGCCGGCUACAUCUCCUGGUACAUGAACUGCUACAAGCUGGUGGAGGAGAAGGCGACCUGGGAGGCAGCUCAGACGGCCUGUGCUCAGCAGGGGGGAAACCUGGCCAGUAUCGACAUGAGCUACGACCAGGCCUUCGUCGCUGGAGUGGUCCUGAAUGGCAAAGAAGACGCCUGGAUCGGACUCAAGCGCAAGGAGGACGGCUCCUACACGUGGACGGACGGCUGGCCCGUGUUCUUCACUCAGUGGGGACCGGGUGAGCCCAGCAACAUAAAAGACGAGGGCUGCGUCAGCAUGCACGGUUCACGCGCCUUCCACGGGACCUGGAACGACACCAAGUGUGACCUAGCUAAACCUUACAUCUGCAAGAUCUCCUCAGAGAAACCUCCGCCGACUCCAGCUCCUGGUGACGGAAGGUGUCUGCCAUUCUGGAUGCCCUACGGCCGCUACUGUUACGGCGUGUACGACGGUCAACAGGGUUUCUCUUGGCCGGACUCUCAACACUACUGCCAGUCCAUCAAGGCAGAGCUGGUGUCUAUCCACAGCAGGGCGGAGGUCGAGUUCAUCAGGAACCUCAACUACACCAAUAAUCACAACAUCUGGAUCGGCCUCACCCGGGACAACAACUUUGGCUGGGGCUGGACGGACAGGACGUCUCUUGGCUUCCUCAACUGGGCACAGGGUGAGCCGAACGCAGCGUUUCACCCGGGAGAAGUGGCUGAAGAGAACUGUGUCGAGAUGUACGCGGACGGACGCUGGAAUGACAACAACUGUCUCAACAAGAGAGGCUUCGUAUGCCGACACCGCCAGUACUACACAACAGAUGAUGGCGGUAAUCCAGUUUUCCCCACUGAUGGUCCUGGUAGCAGCAAUGGAGGGGUGAUAGCCGGCGGCAUCAUUGCAGCCAUUGUGAUUGUCGCCUUGAUAUUUGGACUGCUGUUCUAUGUGUUCAAAAUCCGGGGUUAUAAACUCAGCAGCCUGAGUCUGCCAACAAGAACAACCAGUCGUGUUGAUGUGCCCGCUUUCACCAACCCAAACUUCGCAGGAGAAUCAGACACAUAGAGCAUCACUCAAGUUUUGUACAGUUCUUUUCAUUUGAUUUUUUUUUAAGAAUCAGUGCUAAUGUGUUUUUUUUUAAGUCUUUAAAGUUCUAAAAAAAUCCAUCUCUCUUGUAUAUACUGUGAUACAUUAAAGGUUAAAUUUCAUCAUGUUUACAGAAAGGUGUAAUACAUCUGCUUUUAGAAAUGUUGUGACUGUUCUCUCAUUUUUUUGUUCUUAGAAAAAAAUAAACAACGAUCAAUUCA